AUCCAUCGUGAGUUUCGGAGGAGCUCGGCGGCGUCAUGGCGGCUGCCAGGAGAUAGGAAGAAGGUGGGAGCGAACCGGCGUAGAAUCUGCGGUAACCUCGACCGUCCUUCCGUCUUUUUAUUCGGUGAAAACCCGCCGAGUGCUGGUGGCAGCGGCGCGAGGCCGGCCCGCUCAGGCGUCCUGUAAACAAAAGCACGGUAACUCUCCUUGAGCGGGGAUUGGAGGGAGAUCCGGAAGGAGGCCGCAGGGCAGCGCGCACGUAGCGGCCUAUGUCCCCCCGCGGCGGUCACUGACUGGAGGCUUGUGAGGCCACGUUUUGUUAGUGUUUUAAAGAAUCGGAAGCUUAAUGUUGAAGUAUUAACAGCUCGCCCAUCUUGAAUUUGAUUUUAACCUGAGAGCAUUUGACAAUGAACGGGAAGAGUGAUGAAGAAAGCAAUGGCAGUGCAAACUCGAGCCGAUCAGAUGAUGAUUCUGGGUCGGGAUCUGGUUCUAGUUCAGGGAGCAGCAGUGAUGGAAGCAGUAGUCGAUCUGGAAGCAGUGACUCCGAUAGCGGAUCAGAAUCGGGCAGCCAAUCGGAAUCAGAGUCUGACACCUCAAAAGAAAAGAAAGUUGUGCCAUCAAAGCCACUGAGAAUGGAUGGAGCAGAGUUCUGGAAAUCCAAUCCCAGCAUUUUAGCUGUACAGAGAUCUGCAAUGUUGAGAAAACAGCAACUGCAACAACAGCAGCAAUUGCAGCAGAGGCCCCCAGCAUCUUCAAACAGCGGCUCAGAUGAGGAAUCCUCCAGCAGUGAUGAAGACUCAGAUGAGAAUUCCUCAAGUGAUAAUAAAAAGAAGCAACCCAAAGAUGAAGAUUGGCAGAUGUCCAGCUCAGGUUCUGGUAGUUCCUCAUCAUCGGCCAGUUCCAGUUCAGAUUCCGACACAGGGGGGGAUAGACAGAAAAGCAGCAGUAGGGACAGCGAAUCUGAUUAUGAACCGAGCCAUAAAGUAAAAAACAAGAAAUCUCAAAACAGGUCCAAAGCUAAAAAUGGGAAGAAAAAUACUGGCCAGUCGAAAAUGGGGGCAGAUUCCUCUGAUGAGGACUUUGAUAAGAGAGGAUCACGGCGGCAGGCCACAGUAAAUGUAAGCUACAAAGAAGAUGAGGAAAUGAAAACGGACUCUGAUGACUUGUUGGAAGUGUGUGGGGAAGAUGUCCCACAACCAGAGGAAGAUGAGUUUGAAACAAUUGAAAGAGUAAUGGAUUCACGGUUUGGUCGCAAAGGAGUUACUGGUGGCACCACAACUAUUUAUGCUAUUGAGGCUGAUGGUGAUCCCAAUGCCAAUUUCGACAAAACCAAGGAAGCUGGUGAGACGCAGUAUUUAAUUAAAUGGAAAGGUUGGUCCCAUAUCCAUAAUACUUGGGAAACUGAAGAAACUCUAAAGCAACAAAAUGUGAAAGGCAUGAAGAAACUGGACAAUUACAAGAAAAAGGAGCAGGAAAAAAAAAGAUGGUUGAAAUCUGCUUCUCCUGAAGAUAUAGAGUAUUAUAACUGUCAACAGGAACUUACUGAUGACCUCCAUAAACAGUAUCAAAUUGUGGAAAGAAUUAUAGCUCAUUCCAAUCAGAAAUCUGCAGCAGGAUACCCGGAUUAUUUUUGCAAGUGGCAGGGGCUUCCGUAUUUAGAGUGCAGUUGGGAAGACGGUGCACUUAUUGGUAGAAAAUUUCAGGCACACAUUGAUGAAUACUUCAGUAGGAAUCAGUCCAAAACAAUUCCUUUUAGGGAAUGUAAGGUCUUAAAACAGAGGCCGCGGUUUGUAGCUCUGAAGAAGCAGCCGCCCUACAUUGGCGCGAAUGAGACAAUGGAGUUAAGAGACUAUCAACUAAAUGGCUUAAACUGGCUGGCACACUCAUGGUGCAAAGGCAACAGUUGUAUUCUGGCUGAUGAAAUGGGAUUGGGAAAAACAAUUCAGACCAUUUCAUUCUUGAAUUAUUUGUUCCAUGAACAUCAACUUUAUGGACCAUUUAUGAUUGUGGUUCCCCUGUCUACUUUAACCUCCUGGCAAAGAGAAAUUCUGAUUUGGGCUCCCUUAAUGAACGCUGUGGUUUACCUGGGGGACAUUGGUAGUAGAAAUAUGAUCAGGACACACGAGUGGAUGCACCCUCAGACAAAGAGGUUAAAGUUCAAUAUUUUAUUAACAACAUACGAAAUCCUUCUUAAGGACAAAUCUUUUCUAGGUGGUCUUAAUUGGGCUUUCAUAGGAGUUGAUGAAGCUCAUCGGCUGAAAAAUGAUGAUUCCCUGCUGUACAAGACCCUGAUAGACUUUAAGUCAAAUCAUCGUCUUCUCAUCACUGGAACGCCUUUGCAGAAUUCUCUUAAAGAAUUAUGGUCUUUGCUUCACUUCAUUAUGCCAGAAAAGUUUUCCUCUUGGGAGCACUUUGAAGAGGAACAUGGUAAAGGCAGAGAAUAUGGCUAUGCCAGUCUUCACAAAGAACUUGAGCCAUUCCUUCUAAGAAGAGUUAAGAAAGAUGUGGAAAAGUCUUUACCAGCAAAAGUAGAACAGAUUUUGAGGGUUGAGAUGAGUGCUGUGCAGAAACAGUACUAUAAGUGGAUCUUAACACGGAAUUACAAGGCCUUGAGCAAAGGUUCAAAAGGAAGUACCUCAGGAUUUUUAAACAUCAUGAUGGAGCUUAAAAAGUGUUGUAACCAUUGCUACCUCAUUAAACCACCUGAAGAUAAUGAAUUCUAUAACAGACAAGAAGCUUUACAGCACUUAAUUCGGAGUAGCGGGAAACUAAUUCUUCUGGACAAGUUGUUAGUACGUCUGAGAGAACGUGGUAACCGAGUCUUGAUUUUUUCUCAAAUGGUUCGGAUGCUGGACAUCCUUGCAGAAUAUUUGAAGGCACGGCAGUUUCCUUUUCAGAGAUUAGAUGGGUCAAUCAAAGGAGAAAUAAGAAAGCAGGCACUGGACCAUUUUAAUGCGGAAGGAUCAGAGGACUUUUGCUUUCUGCUUUCUACCCGUGCUGGGGGUCUUGGAAUUAACCUUGCUUCAGCUGAUACAGUAGUCAUUUUUGAUUCUGAUUGGAAUCCCCAAAAUGACCUUCAGGCCCAAGCAAGAGCUCAUCGAAUAGGACAAAAGAAACAGGUCAAUAUAUAUCGCCUGGUCACCAAAAGCUCUGUAGAGGAAGAAAUUAUUGAAAGAGCGAAGAAGAAGAUGGUGCUGGAUCACCUUGUAAUUCAAAGAAUGGACACCACUGGCAAGACUGUUUUACACACUGGAUCAACACCAUCUAGCGCUACACCAUUUAACAAAGAAGAGCUUGCUGCUAUUUUAAAGUUUGGUGCUGAAGAACUUUUCAAGGAACCAGAAGGAGAGGAGGAAGAACCUCAGGAAAUGGAUAUUGAGGAAAUCUUGAACAGAGCAGAGACCCGUGAAAAUGAGGUCGGACCAUUAACUGUGGGCGAUGAGCUACUUUCACAGUUUAAGGUUGCCAACUUUUCAACAAUGGAGGAGGAUGAUAUUGUGGAGCCUGAACGUAAUUCCAAGUCCUGGGAAGACAUUAUUCCCUCAGACCAGAGAAGAAGAAUGGAGGAAGAGGAAAGACAACGGGAGCUACAAGAAAUCUAUUUGCUUCCCAGGAUGAGAAACUGUGCAAAGCAGGCAAGCUUUAAUGGAAGCGAAGGUAGAAGAAGUCGGAAUAGAAGGUAUUCUGGCUCUGAAGACUCUGAAGAUUCAGACUCUGAUACAAAACGACCCAAGAAACGAGGACGACCAAGAACCAUACCGAGGGAAAACAUUAAAGGUUUUAGUGAUGCCGAGAUACGGAGGUUUAUUAAAAGUUAUAAAAAAUUUGGUGGACCUCUGGAAAGGUUAGAUGCUAUAGCUCGCGACGCAGAGUUGGUGGAUAAAUCAGAAACUGACCUUCGUAGACUUGGAGAAUUGGUGCACAAUGGCUGUAUCAAAGCUCUGAAGGAUAGUUCUAGCAGUGAAAGGGCAGGUGGAAGAAGAGGAAAAAUGAAAGGACCAACGUUUCGUAUCUCAGGAGUACAAGUUAAUGCAAAGCUGGUCAGUUCUCAUGAAGAAGAGCUGAUUCCGUUGCAUAAAUCUAUUCCUUCAGAUCCUGAGGAUAGAAAAAGAUAUGUUAUUCCAUGCCACACAAAAGCAGCACACUUUGAUAUUGACUGGAGCAAAGAAGAUGACUCAAAUCUUUUGAUUGGAAUCUAUGAAUAUGGUUACGGCAGUUGGGAAAUGAUAAAAAUGGAUCCUGACCUCAACUUAACACAAAAGAUAUUGCCAGAUGAUCCAGAUAAGAAGCCCCAGGCUAAGCAAUUACAGACCAGAGCAGACUACCUCAUUAAACUCCUGAGCAAGGACCUUGCUAAAAAAGAAGCACAGCGACUUUCAGGAGGAAAUUCAAAACGGAGAAAAGCACGAGCAAAAAAGAGUAAAACUGUGAAGCCUGUGAAAAUUGAAGAAGUUAAAAGUGAAUCUUCACCGCCAACUUCAGAAAAGUCAGAGGAAGAAGAGGAGGAGGAAGAUGAGGAUGAUGAAGACAAGGAAGAAGAUGCUUCUGUGAAAACAAACAGUAAAAAAAUUAAAGCUGAGAAAGAGAAUGAGCAGCAAACUGAGCCAGAAGGGCCUUUGAAAAAGGAGCCUGAAGACAAGAAGGAAGUAAAGGAGAGCAAAAAAGAGGUAAAGAAAGAAAGGAAAGAUCGUGAUGAAAAGAAAGAAGAAAAGGACAAAAAGGAAACAAAAACAAAAGAGCCAGUCAAAGAAAUUAAAGAAGAAAAGGUUAAUGAUGUGAAACCUGAAAAAGAGAAAGCAAAGAAAAAUAUUUCUGCUGAAACCCCUGUUCACAUAACCGCAAGCAGCGAUCCAAUUCCAAUCUCUGAAGAGGCAGAGGAACUUGAUCAGAAGACGUUCAGUGUUUGUAAAGAGAGAAUGAGACCAGUGAAGGCUGCAUUAAAACAGUUGGAUCGACCAGAAAAAGGGCUCUCUGAGCGUGAACAGCUUGAGCACACCCGGCAGUGCCUGAUUAAAAUUGGAGAUCACAUAACAGAAUGCUUGAAAGAAUAUGCAAACCCAGAACAAAUAAAACAGUGGAGGAAAAACUUAUGGAUAUUUGUAUCCAAGUUUACUGAAUUUGAUGCCCGUAAACUGCACAAACUGUACAAACAUGCUAUCAAGAAACGUCAGGAAUCUCAGCACAAUGACCAGAAUGCCAGCAGCAGCAUGAACACAAUCGUUCGACAUCCAGAUGUUGAAAGGUUAAAAGAAAACACAAACCAUGAUGAUAGCAGCAGAGAUAGUUAUUCCUCUGACCGCCAUCUGUCACAAUAUCAUGAUCACCAUCACAAGGACAGACACCACAGUGAUGCUUAUAAGAAGAGUGAUUCACGGAAAAGACCUUAUUCUAACUUCAGCAAUGGUAAAGACCAUAGAGACUGGGAUCAUCACCACAAGCAGGACAGGUACCACAGUGAAAGCAAACACAGAAAAUUGGAUGAUCACAGAAGCAGAGAUCAUAGGUCAAACAUUGAAGAAAAUGUAAAAGACAGGUCUCUUUCAGAUCACAGAUCCCAUUCUGAACACCGAUUACAUUCAGACCACCGAUCCGGUUCUGACUACAGCCAUCACAAAUCUUCCAGGGAUUACCGGUACCAUUCAGACUGGCAGUUGGACCAUAGAGCUUCUAGUAGUGGGCCAAGAUCUCCAUUGGACCAGAGGUCUCCUUAUGAUUCUAGAUCACCUUUAGGUCGUAGAUCACCUUUUGAAUGUUCUUCGGAUCAUAAAAGUACUCCUGAACAUUUGUGGAGUGGCCGCAAAACAUAACAGAGGGACUUCAGUCCUGGACAUUAGCCAUAUUCCGUAAAAUUAUCACAGUAAUUGCCUUACAUGACUUGAAAGAAAAUGGACUGGCUCUGCCCAGGGCAGACUUUUCUACUUUCCUGAAUGCAAGGUCUAGUAUCACACCAGAUCAGAGAAUAUUUUUGUAUUUAAGGUAUAUGCUGCACUGUGCUGCAAAUGUGGCAUUUUUUUUUUUUUUUUUUUAUGAACUUAAAAGAUGUUUACUAUUUCGGAGACCUCAGCACUGCCCAUUUUAACUGAAUUUUAUUAAAGAAAAAAAAAAUGAAAAAAUCAUCUUGAAACUAUGAAUGGCCUCCUUGUUGACCUGUGAUCAUGAUGACAAGUGAUUGGAAAUGCUCUCAAGGACUUAGUUCACUUUCCAAAGCUAUUUGUUUACAUUGUACACUGCAACCACCUUGCCGCUUCUCAUCAUAUGCUUGAAUAUUUAAAACCUGUACCUAAAAGUGUAAAAUAGCCAGUUUUUCUUUUACAUGAUCAAUUGUAAUAUUUUUUUUAUACAUAGACUGCUGUAAAUUAUUGUAAAUUUAUUAAAUGGACAUUUCUUCCUUCCUCAGGCUUUCUUUGACUGUUCCUUUCCCCACCAACUCAGGCCUUCUCAUAAAGUAUGGAUAUAUGUAUAUUCAUUUCAUAUUUUUUUUAUUUUUUUAGUAGUUUUGAUGGAAUUAAAUGUUCAGAAUGUAAAAAAAGGGGGAAAGGGAACACAAAUUCCAUUUGUGCGUCAUGUAGUGUUGCAGUGUAUAGUACACUUUAUAGGGUUAUUUUUGUUUUUAAGCAAAUGUCAGUGUUGUGAUCAAAUCUAUGGAAAUUCUGUGCAGCCUGAGAUAGUAUAACAAAUAGUUUUAAAACCAGGCAACUUGUCAGACAAGCAGCUCAAUUGUCCAAACCAGCCAAAAUUUUAUUGUUAAUCCAUUUGUUUUCCCUUUUUGUUAAGAAAUGGGCAAUAAUGUCAAAUGUGCUAUGCAGCCAGUAUGGAUUCCAGUAAACUGAUUGACUUUAUAUACUGUUUAAAUGCACACUGAUUGUAUAUAGAUUUCUUCUAUAUAUGGAAAUUAAAGUGUAAGAACUUCUAAAGUG